AUGGACCAAACCACUGCUUUGAAACAAUAUCUCGCGGACGAUCCCCCAACAAUUGCACGUCUCGAGAUCAAGCCGCACUUUGAAGCUCUAUCGAAGCAAGAGAAGAGAUAUGCUCAUUCCAUCUGCAGAGCGGCGUUCGCGGGGCAUAGAAUCAACCUCAGACAGGUUAGCCCGGAGUCGGAAGACAUCUACGACUUCAUCCUGGCCUUGCACGAGGCCAAGACAGGCGACUGGAAGAAGCUUCAGGCCGAGGCCGGGGUUUCAGAUGAAGAUCUUCUCUCGUUCUUGAACUACUCAGCUCAGUUCUUGGGAAAUGCCGGCAACUUCAAGUCCUUUGGCGACAGCAAGUUCAUCCCGCGAGCAUCACCGGAGAGCAUCGCCCGUUUAGCAAAGGCAUCACCCACCGCCGAAAAGCUCUGGAACAAGGUCAAAGAUGCCGUAUUCGACACUUCCUCCGUUGCUGCUCUGCACUUGGGUUACCCCGAUGAAGGCCAUGUCUCGACCUACUACCCUGACUCGCCAGGCAUCACCAAGAAGGAGAUCGAAAUCGUAUCCGACUUUUUGAAAGAUCAGAGCCUCAUGCCAGAGAACACGCGGUUGCGAAAAACAUCAUCGGGUGACUUUGAGCUGCUCAUCGCGUCGGCCGUGAAGGAGCCUACAACUCGCGACUCGAAGCAGUCGGAGUGGACUCUCGAUGGUGAGCUGAAAGGCAAGAAGGUUAAGCUUAUCUUUGGAGAUCACGCAAAGGAAAUGGCCACAAUCUCUCAUUACAUUGCGGAGGCUCAGAAAAACGCCUCGAACAAGGUGGAGGAAGCUAUGCAUGCGGACUAUUACAAGGCGUUCCAUGAUGGUAGCAUGGCAAGUCAUGUUGAUUCACAACGUCACUGGAUUCAAGACAAGGGUCCCAUGGUCGAAUCAAACAUCGGCUUCAUCGAGACGUACAGAGACCCGCAUGGACAGAAGGGCGAGUGGGAAGGUUUUGCUGCCAUGGUGAACAAAGAACGCACUCGUGCGUUUACCAAACUCGUGGAGUCGGCGCCAGAGAACAUUCACAAGCUUCCAUGGGGCGCCGAGUUCGAGAAAGACACUUUCCUCAGUCCAGACUUUACGUCUCUGGAAGUGCUAAACUUCGCAGGAAGCGGGAUCCCGGCUGGUAUCAACAUCCCAAACUAUGACGUGGUGAGACAGAACGAUGGCUUCAAAAACGUCUCGCUGGGAAAUGUGCUCUCGGCCGCGGCUCCCAAGGAGCCUACGCCGUUCAUUCAUGCUGAUGAUCAGCAAGUAUUCGAUGCUUACAAAAAUGAAGCCUUCGAAGUGCAAGUCGGUCUACACGAGCUGCUCGGACACGGAUGUGGAAAGCUGCUGCAGGAGACUGAGCCAGGUGUUUUCAAUUUCAAUGUCAAGAACCCUCCCAUCUCUCCCAUUGAUGGCAAGCCAAUCUCCUCGUGGUAUAAACCAUCGGAAACGUGGGGCACAGUUUUUGGAGGCAUGGGACCUUCCUACGAGGAGUGCCGCGCAGAGUCCGUGGCAAUGUCUCUUUGCCCAGACUACAAGAUUCUCAGCAUCUUCGGCUUUGGCGACGGAACCGAGGACAUCAAUGGUGUGGCCGGCGACGUAUUGUACGUCUGCUAUCUGCAGAUGGCCCGCGCCGGAGUCGCUGCUCUUGAGUUCUGGGACCCCAAUUCACGCCGCUGGGGACAAGCUCAUAUGCAAGCAAGAUUUGCACUCCUCCAGGUCUUCCUUGAAGCCGGACCUGAAUUCUGUGAGCUCAAGUAUAGCAAAGACGAUCUGUCGGACAUCGUCAUCAAGCUCGACCGUACAAAGAUCGAGUCUCAUGGUCGGAAAGCGGUCAACGUGUUUUUGCAGAAGCUGCAAGUCUACAAGGCCACUGCGGACCUCAAGGCUGGCAAGGCUUUGUACGAGGGUAUCACAGAAGUCAACGAGUUUUACGCCGAGAAGCUCCGACCAGAGGUUUUGCGACAGAAGAAGCCUCGGAAGGUGUUCGUUCAGGCGAACACUGUCCUGCAAGGAGAUGAUGUGGUGUUGAAGGAGUACGAUGCUUCGCCGGAGGGUCUCAUUCAGUCAUUCGUUGACAGGGACUAUAUUUGA